CCCACACUCAUGCACAGACACACACACACACACACACACACAUACUGCCUCAGGCGCUGCAUCCCACACUUUGCCGGGACUGAAUAGCAUGCGCACAUAGUGGCCCUGUGCACUGCGUCCAGCCAUGCAGAACCACCGCAAAGAGCACCUGUACAAGAUCCUGGUGAUCGGAGACCUAGGAGUGGGCAAGACCAGCAUCAUCAAGCGCUACGUCCACCAGACCUACUCCACCAACUACAGAGCCACCAUAGGAGUGGACUUUGCUCUCAAAGUCCUCAACUGGGACUCAGAGACCGUGCGGCUACAGCUUUGGGACAUAGCAGGCCAGGAGCGCUUUGGGAACAUGACUCGGGUUUACUACAGAGAGGCCAUGGGGGCGUUCAUCGUUUUCGAUGUCACCAGGCCCACCACGUUAGAAGCAGUCACCAAAUGGAAAGAGGAUCUGGACUCAAAGUUGACGCUAGCCAAUGGCAAAAGCAUUGCUACUGUCCUGCUAGCUAACAAGUGUGACCAAAGCAAAGAAGUCGUGGCUAAUAAUGGUCUCAAGAUGGACCAGUUCUGCCAGGAGAAUGGAAUUGUUGGAUGGUUUGAGACAUCAGCCAAGGAAAACAUAAAUAUCAACGAAGCUGCAAAUUUCCUGGUGAAGCACAUCAUCGCCAGUGAGAACGACAUCCUCAAAUCAGUGGUUCCAGACACCAUCUCGCCUCAGCUGUCCCCAAACAAGGAGAUGAGCUGCUCUGGGUGUUUUAAACCCUGACACAAGAAGAAAGCACACCAAAAAACACCCGAGAACAGUUGAGGACCAUGGAUGGACUGAGGGAUUCACUGCACAUUCCCUUUAGCCUGCAUUCUCUCUGUUUAAACGAGACCCAAAACAGGAAACAAGGACAACUGUGUAAAUAUGUAACCAUAUAUGUGUGUGUGUGUGUGUAAGUGUGUAAGUGUGUGUGUGGGUGGAUGUGUGUGGAUAAAUGGAACACAAAGAGGAGUCCAAUUAUGUAUGAAAAGGUACUUCAGUGAUUUCAGUGUUCAUGGUUAUUUAUGUGCAAAUCUCUGGUUGUUUGUAUUAGCAGGAUGUAAACACUGGCCACUUUAUUAGAAACGGCUGCCUUGUUCUUCCACCCACUAGACCCAUUAUGAAGUUUUUGUGUAGGUGUACAGCUUCUGUUACCUGUAAUCUGUUGUCGAGGUCAAGUUGCACAUUAUUCGUCACCCGCUAUCCCAUUCAUAAAUGUUGAAUUUCUGACCAGAGGACCAUUGUGAUGACCAGCACAGCAGGAGAUAUGGUGCACCUUCAAGAUCUGAUGUUAAGUUUGAGCUGUUCAAACAAUCAUUUCAUUGUGACUCAUAUCUGACAUCGAUCUGAACAAUUCACACGUUGUAAAUGAUCAGAGGUGGAAAAAGUACUGAAAAAUUGUAAUGAAGUAAAAGUACCUUUACUUUGCUAAAAUUCUACUCAAGUAAAAGUACCCAUCUAAAGAUCUACUCGAGUAAAAGUAAAAAAGUACUCAAUUUAAAAUUUACUUUGAGUAAAAGUUACAUAGUUACAUUUAAUUAUUUGAUGUAAAAAAAGUAAAACAAAUCAUAAAUAAUUAUUAAAUAAUUAUUAAAUAAAAUAAUUUGGACCUUUCAGGCAGUAUUUGUUCAGACAACCUCAUAAAACAAGUGGCAUAUGUUUCUAUGAUCCUUUUUUUUCUUUACUGUUAAAAAGUUAUGGCAUAAGCAGAUUGUUUAAUGUUCCCAGUAAAAA